GCUAUACAUGGAAAGAAAUGUGGCUUAUGUCCGAUUGUCCCGAGCGGACUCGGGGCAAUAUUCGAGGCGUUGCUGGAAUUCUUUUGCAAAAUGUGGAGGACCGAAUGUAAUAUAAAGUGUGGAGAUCCGAUACAGUUUGAUAAAAUGGGCUUUUCUCCAAAGUUGUUCCUGGAGGGGUAAAAUUGAUCUGAAAGAGCGAAGAAUCACAUAUUCAAUAAAAUGGAACUUUUAUGGCCCGUUUUGGGCUUGGUCGCAGCAUUCUUCGUGUGGCAUAUCAUCUAUGAUGUCUUCUUCUCCCCGUUGAAAUCCAUCCCCGGACCUUUUCUGGCCCGCUUGACGAGGUUUUGGGAAUUGUAUGUCCUUCGACAUGGACACUCGCAUAUGGAAUUCGUCCAUCUGCAUGAAAAACACGGGUCCGUCGUCCGGGUAGCACCAAACCGCUAUAGCUUCAGUCGCCCCGAAGAUGUAAAGCCAAUCUACUCCCCCGGCAACAAAUUUCCCAAAUCCGAGUACUACGAGGCCUCCGGCAACCCCCACCAAACCAACAUAUUCUCCACCCGGGACAUGGCAGACCAUUCGGAUAGACGGCGGAAGGUUGCUUCGUUGUAUACCAUGUCGACUAUGGUUGCUUAUGAGUCUGCUGUGGAUCGGAUGACUGCUAUUUGUUUGAGGAAGUUGGGGCAGAUUGAGAGGGAAGAGAGGUCUUUGUCUGUGCCGCAAUUUAUGCAGUAUUAUGCUUUUGAUGUUAUUGGGGAGAUCACUGUGGAUGAAAACUUCGGAAUGAUGCAAAGAGAAGGCGAUAAUACCGGCUUCAUUGACACUAUCCGCGAUUCACUCGUGUACCAUGCGAACUACGGACUAAUCCCGGGUGUCCACCAUGCACUCGUCAGAAUCGCAGACAUCCUUGGCAAGCAAGGUGCCGGGGGAUUUCUCGAGAAUCUCCUCAUGAGGAAGAUAGAGGAACACAGCAGUGACGGCUUCAAGAAAAAGCGUGACCCGCGCUCCGAGCCAUUCAUCGCCAAAGUCCUAGAACAGGAGGCUGCUCAAAAACUUUCCCGCAUCAACGUGCUUGACUCUUGUGGUGCCAACAUUGCCGCUGGCUCUGAUACCACGGGGAUCUCCCUCGGCGCAGCAUUGUACUAUCUCUACAGGAAUCCGGAAAAGUUGGCCAAGCUCAGACAGGAGAUCGAUCAAGGACAGGCAACCGGCCAGGUGUCAGACCCAGUGACUUUCAAAGAAUCCCAAAAUAUGCCCUAUCUUCAGGCUGUGAUCAAAGAGGCUUUGAGAAUGCAUCCUGCUGUGGGAACUAUCCUGGCUAGAACUGUUCCGGAAGGAGGAGCACAUCUCGCAGGGCGUUAUUUUCCCGCCGGAACUCAAGUUGGUGCCAACGCAUGGGUCCUGCACUAUGAUCCUAAGAUCUACGGACCAGAUCCGUACGCUUUCCGGCCAGAGCGAUGGCUCGAGCAUGACGACGGCUCGAAAUUGCGAGAGGCUAUGUUCUUUCCGUUCGGCGCUGGCUCUCGUACAUGCAUCGGCAAGAACAUCAGCAUACUGGAAAUGAGCAAGGUGAUCCCUCAGAUUGUCCGUGCUAUUGACUUCGAGUUCAAGCGGCCAGAGCAGGAAUGGGAUGUGUUCUGUUCGUGGUUUGUAUGGCCUGAAUAUGAGUGUCGGGUUCAUCCUCGACAAAGUGCAGGGGAACAUGUCUUGACUUGUUAGCGUAUCAGGGUUUGUUCCCUUGGAUUGUUACGAGAGAAUAAUCAUUUAACAAACACGAAUUUUU